AAGCUUGGGACCCUGUUCUGAUGAAAGGAUACGUCGCUGAAGAGCAUCAAGAGCUACAUCCGGAUCUCAUUAUGCAUCAGAAAAAUGAAAAAACAGAGGAAACUUUUAUGGAGGAAAGGAAUCCACUUAGCCUUUUCUGAGAAAUGGAAUGCUGGCUUUGGAAGCUUUAAGAAAUUCUACUUCCAUCAACACUUGUGCAUUCUGAAAGCUAACCUGGGAAGGCCAGUUACUUGGAGCAGACAGUCAAGGUAUUUCCAGUGCAGAAAGAAGUUCCUGCAAAUCCAGAAAACGCGGAUCCAGGAUGAAGCCCUUUUUGCUAAGACCAAGUCAAAUGCGGCUGCUCACAAUGUUAGUGAUUUUCCUCCUAAAGUGAAAAGAAAGGACCCGAAACCAUUCCUUUCCUCCUCAAGGACCCCUCUGGAGCGCCAGCCAGAAAAGUUGCUGUAUUUAGCAGAGAACUCUGACCAUGAGUGCAGUGGAGGGAAAAGUCUUGUGAAGGCAGUUGCUGACUUACCAGCAAAUAGUGUUGUAGGUCAGACCAGUGGGCACAGACCUAGGACAGAUCCACCCGCUUCUGAGUUUCCCAUGAAGUUCAAUGAGGAGAGUCAAAAUCCAGGUGAGAGUGGCACAAUUGUGGUGACCUUGAGUAACCAUAAGAGAAAGCGCUUUUGUUAUGGCUGCUACCAAGGGCUGGAGCAUCACCGAAAUGGGGGACUCCUGAUUCCAAAAAAGUUCCACCUUAACCGCCAUAGAAGAAUAAAAGUAUCUCCUCUUAUGAUGUAUGAGAAAUCGUCCAUGGUUAGAUUUCGGUACAGAAUUCUCAGAUCCCAGCACUUACGAACAAAAAGCAAAAUUUGCAAACAGAAAAAAUCUCAGCGCAGCUGGGUACAGAAGGUCACCGGGGACUAUCAAGAGGCUUUUAGAGAGAGCUGUGAGGGUGUCAGUUGCAGCCCAUUUUCUUCCUCAGAACCUAAAGACUCUUCUUGUCGUCAUCAGCCAGACUUCCCAGAUAUGGACAGCGAUGCUGUGGCGAAGGAAACGAACUCUCAUACACCUGAUGGUCACGCUAGAGGAAGCCCUUUCUUGGGCAAGGAGCUGAGUUUAGGUGAAGCAUUCCCUGACCAACAGAACGGCAGUGCCACGUACACAUGGGACCAGUCGUCUUCUUCCACUCCUAAGUGGGAGCAUGCAGAGCUGAUUCAUGACAUCCCUUUGCCGGAACAUCACUCUAGUAACAUGUUCAUCUCAGAAACAGAAAGAGAAACACUGACUCUGGGUCUGGACAGUCGGACGAGUAACAGUAGAGAUGACAGCAUGAAACUGCCCGUGCCUGGGCCAGAUCAGCCUGCGGGGGCCGUGGAUGGGCCUGUGUCUGAAGAGACUGUGCAAAAAGAGCGUGCAUACCAGAUGGAAGAGGAUGGCACUCUCAACCAGAACAUUCUUAGUUCUAAGUUGCUGGACCACCCUUACUGUAAAAGUCCACUGGAGGCGCCCCUGAUGUGUGGUGGACUCAAACUAGAAAAUCAAGUGGGAGGUGGGAAGAACAAUCAAAAAGCAUCUUCAGUGAAUGAUGAACAGCUGUCAAGCUGCCUUUCUGGAUUCCUAGAUGAAAUUAUGAAGAAGUAUGGCAGUUUGGUCCCACUCAGUGAAAAAGAUGUUCUUGGGCGACUAAAAGAUGUCUUUAAUGAAGAUUUUUCUAAUAGAAAACCAUUUAUUAAUAGGGAGAUAACAAACUAUCGAGCCAGACAUCAAAAGUGCAACUUUCGAAUUUUCUACAACAAGCACAUGCUAGACAUGGAUGAUCUGGUGACCCUGGAUGGUCAGAAUUGGCUGAAUGACCAGGAAUCUCCAAAUCUUCGUCCUCCAGAUGGGGUUCAUUUCUUCAACAGCUUUUUUCAUAGACAGCUGGUAACCAAAGGAUAUAAUGGAGUAAAAAGAUGGACUAAGAAGGUGGAUUUGUUCAAAAAGAGUCUUCUGUUGAUUCCUAUUCACCUGGAAGUCCACUGGUCUCUCAUUACCGUGACACUGUCUAAUCGGAUUAUUUCAUUUUAUGAUUCACAAGGCAUUCAUUUUAAAUUUUGUGUAGAGAAUAUAAGAAAGUAUUUGCUGACUGAAGCCAGAGAAAAAAAUAGACCUGAAUUUCUUCAGGGUUGGCAGACUGCGGUUACAAAGUGUAUUCCACAACAGAAAAACGACAGUGACUGUGGGGUCUUUGUGCUCCAGUACUGCAAGUGCCUCGCCUUAGAGCAGCCUUUCCAGUUUUCACAAGAAGACAUGCCCCGAGUGCGGAAGAGGAUUUACAAGGAGUUGUGUGAAUGCCGGCUCAUGGACUGAAACUCAGCAGGGACUCUUGGGAAGUCUGACCAGUUGGAGCAGGUGGCUUGUUACUUGAAUCUCCAAACACUUAUUUGAAUUUUUACAGAUAUUCAGAUCAGUGGCAUUGGACCACUAUUGUUACCUCAAAUUUAUUUCUGCCCUUAGUAAUUUCUCCAGCGACCAUGUACUAUUUUAAUGUUCAGUUUGGUUUCACUUAAUUUUAUGGAUUCCCCCCGUUCUGUCCCUCCCCUCCCUUGAUAUUUAAUAUUUAUUAUCCAAACGCAUGCAGAUAGAGCAUGCAGUUCAGAGUAUUAAAAAAACAAAAAACAAAAAAAUAACAACCUAGUAUAUUUGGUGCAGCUUUUGAAGCUUAGAAGUAAACUGAAUACAGGUUUAAAAUUUAACCCAAGAAUCUUAACAUGCAGGAUCUGUUUUUAAUGACUCAUACCUGGGGAGGGGGGAGCAGAAAGGGUAGCUAGGAGUGGUUUUCACAAAGCCAGUUUUCUUUUCUUCUUAACCGGCAGCACUUUGCCCUGACUCCUCCCUUUCCAGGGGAGUCUUGGACAGUGAGAUGCAGUCGCUUUUGAAGUGUGAGAUGGGAGUGGCCCUAAGCUCACUGGUGGUUCCCUUUAUGGAGGCACAGGACCUGCUUUUUUUGGGAAGAGUUAAAGUUUGAAUGCACUGUCAUUCACUGGGAAUGCUGACUAAGACCAGGUAGGGGCAAGAAUGAAGUAAUAUCGCUCGUGCAUUAAAGCCGUUCAGCAUUUGUCACCCAGCAUGUCCUGGCUGCCUUUGCAAUAGGAUGACGUGGUUCCCUGCACCCUGCUCUCACAUAAGGUGGUCCAUUACCUUAGCACAUAAGAGAUUUCAAUCCUGGUUUGAAGAAUUGUAAGAAAUAGUCAAUCUUAUAACUGUUUUAACUGGGACAUUGAAUACCAUUGGUCAAACCAUUGAGAAUUUCAGCCUUAUAGGAGUAACUUAUAAGGUGUCAUUUCCCUUGGUGGGUUGCCUCCCUAUGGGCAAAAUUCCGAUUUACUCAAUGCACUUCUAUUUCAAGGAUAUUUAAGAGGAUGACAUUUUUGAAAAUGAACAUUUAAAAUUUUCAUGUAUAGAAAACCAACUUCAGGUCUUUUGCAGGUGGGUGGGGAGGAAAGAAGGUAAAAAGGCUUGAUUCCCACGGGAGCAAUUGUUAGGGUCUCCUUGUGGCUCCUGGUGCAGGAUCCUCGAGAUUCAGUGUCCCCACACUGACUGACACUCCUCCAGGAGUUCUGUUUCUAAGAAGAGUCUCACCUCUGAGGAAAGCAGAAGUGGUCCAGUCUGUCUGCUUAGCACAUUCAGAUUAAAGUAAUGGGUCUUGCCUAUUGUAUCUGACCUCUUGUAAUGAAUUUGACCAGAAAUAAGGGAAGAUGCAUGUUAAGCCCAUCCAGUUGUCUUUUCAGAACUAAGGGGAGAGAGUAAAAGUGUAUAUAUGAUAGCCAGAAAAACAAGUAAAUGGUAAAAGAAACUUGAGUUUAUUCAAGUGUGGGGUGUUGAAAAUGAGAAGCUCACAAGUGUGCAGUUUAACUUGGCUGUGAUCCAGGGCUGGGAGCAGACUGCCUGCUAGUGGUCAAGGGUUGAGUUAGAUCAUGUUUACAUGCAGGGCUCCUACCUCCAGAUAUUCCCAGCACUGAGCAACAGGCCCAGCACUCCCCUCAGUCCUCCAUGCUCAAACUCCUCAGUAGAAAACCGGGCCAGUAUUUUGUAUUAUGCUUCAAGUCAUUAAAGAGACUUUCUGUGAUUAGCGGCACUUUAUGUUGUUACACAUAGAGGUGUAAGCAUUGGAAAUAAAUACAAUUUAUAGGGUGGGGCAGGUGUUCUAGAUAAGUGGUUCUCAACCAUCCUAAUGCCGCGAUCCUUUAAUACAGUUCCUCAUAUAGUGGUGACCC